AGAACCCCCAACAUGCACUACAACCGCAGUUCUGGAAGCUUCUCCUCCAGCUCUCUUGGAGGUUACCUGGGGCACCCCGUUUCCACCUAUGACUCUUUCUACCCCAGCAAUGCAGUCUACUCUCCCAGCACCUGCCAGCUGGGCUCCUCUCUCUUUGGUGGCUGCCAGGAGACCUACUGUGAGCCCACCAGCUGCUGGACAUCCUGUACUGGGGCCAGAUCCUACCAGACAUCUUGCUUCCGUCCAAAGAAUUCCAUCUUCUUCGGGCCCUGCCAAACAAAUUACACUGGAUCUCUGGGAUGUGGAAACAUUGGCCUUGGGUCUUUUGGUUAUGGGAGCACUGGUUUCCAAUCUCUGGGCUGUGGGUCCAGCUUCUGUCGUCCAACUUAUUUUUCUUCCAGGAGUUGCCAGUCAACUUGUAACCAACCAGCUUUUAGCUCUCGCUUUUUUAGGUCAGCUUACUGA